CCUGCUUCUUCCUUCUCCAACAUUCUCUCUGCGGAGGCCGACCGCUUGCCUCCAGCCCUCCACCCUGACGGCCAUGGGCAAACUUUUGCAUUUUCAGCAAAGCCGGACCCAGCAGGCCGAUUGCUGACAAGUACUCCAGGGAGACAUCCUUCAUGUCAGCCCACAGUCCUCCAGGACGUUGGCCUUUAAGCAGCAGCAGCAGCAAUGACAGUGACCUACUCUCGCAGGGUGGCAGACGCAGGCCUCGGGACCUUCUUCCACCUGCUCCUACGCUGGAAGGGCAGCAUCUAUAAGCUGCUCUACAGGGAACUCAUCAUCUUCACACUCCUGUACACCGCCUUCAGUCUUGUUUAUAGGUUUGUGUUAAACAUUGAGCAGAAGAGGCUGUUUGAGAAGCUUUCCAUAUAUUGUGACCGCUAUGCCGAACUCAUUCCGGUCUCCUUCGUUCUUGGAUUCUAUGUGACCUUGGUGGUAUCCCGUUGGUGGGGUCAGUUUGAGAAUGUCCCCUGGCCUGACCGCCUGGCGGCACUAGUGGGAGGUCACGUGCGCGGAGCGGACGAGGCUGCCAGGCUAACCCGGCGCACUCUGAUGCGUUACGCUAACCUCUCCGGUGUGCUCAUCUACCGCUCGGUCAGCACUGCAGUCUACAAGAGGUUCCCCACGAUGGAGCAUCUGGUGCAGGCAGGUUUGAUGACUUCAGAAGAACUAAGGCAUCUGGAGGACUUGCCCUCCCCUCAUAAUAAAUUUUGGAUUCCCUGCAUGUGGUUUGUCAGUCUGGCUCUGAGGGCCCGGACAGAAGGUCGCAUCAACAACGACGUGGCUCUCACAGCCAUUCUCACUGAGUUGAACAGUUUGAGGGCGAAGUGCAUGAAGCUGUACGGAUAUGACUGGAUCAGCCUGCCUCUUGUCUACACUCAGGUGGUGACCGUGGCAGUCUACAGCUUCUUCCUGGCUUGUCUGAUUGGUCGUCAGUUCUUGGAUCCAGCCCAAGGCUACCAUGGUCACGAUCUGGACUUUUACCUGCCCGUCUUCACUUUGUUGCAGUUUUUCUUCUAUGUUGGUUGGUUGAAGGUGGCCGAGCAACUCAUAAAUCCUUUUGGCGAAGAUGAUGACGACUUUGAGACCAACUGGCUCGUCGAUCGCAAUUUACAGGUGUCUUUGCUGUCUGUAGAUGAGAUGUACAACAGCCUGCCUCUGGUUGAAAAAGAUAUGUACUGGAAUGAAUCUGACCCUCGACCUCCCUACACAACUGCCAGUGCAGACCAUUGCAAACCUUCCUUCAUGGGCUCUGCACUGAAUAUCAGUGUUCCUAAAGAGGAGAUGGAGUUUCAGUCCAAUCUGGAGCAGAUUAAAGAAAAUGAGGAAGCUAAUUACUCCACCCCAUUGCUUGGAGGCCUGGGUCGCCUUCUCGGUGUCCAAUCGCCCAGUUUCCCUCGCUCAUCUCGGGUUUCUCUGCUGCGGCGCCGCCCUGGAGCUCCAAUAAGUCGAUUCCCCCUUUACUUACACACAGGCGCUCAGUCUAUCCAAAACCAAACACGCCAGCCCUUGAACUCAGAACAAGACCACUAUAGCUUCUCCGGGCUACCCUUGUAUGAGAGGCCGGGCUUCUACAGUUGCCCACAGACGCCCAUUCACUGCGUGCCCCCAGCCGUGCCAAGACCAAGACCUGCCAGGCGAUCUCAGAAUGAGUGGAACCGGAGCUGCAGCUCCCUGGCUCCUCCGACAGUGGGCUCACAGCUACUGCCGCCUGACACACCUAACCACAUCCAGCCACCAUCAUCCGCUUUCCCCUGGCUUAGCGAAGAUGGUGGGAUGCCCACAGCCCCAGCCUUUUCCUUUCCAGACGCUGCACCUGAGCUUUGCCCGAUAUCGAAACUUAGACGCGGGCACGGCCUGCUGUCACGCCGGCCUCCACCACCGUGCCUGACGCUGGACGCCUUGCCGUCCGCAGAUAGCCAAUCCGGACCCCUAAGCGCUCGCACGAUGGGAAGCGGGGGAGAAAGAGUGUUUUCCUUCACCCCUCCCUCUCGUCCUGCGCAAGCAAAUCCAAGUAAUCCCAACAGCAGCUCCAGCAGCAUUAACGUGACAAGCGGCAACAGCGCUGGCACAGCGGCAGGUCUCUGUAACAGCACCAGUCUCAGUAGCUUCAGCAACCACUGCAACUUUAACGCCAGCGUAAAGGCGAGCAACGGCGGGCUGAAUAACCUGAGCGCUUCCAAUUCAGCAUCUUCACCGCAAGAAGUCAAUCAGCCAAAUUCCCCCAACGAUUCUGGAAUCUCAUUGGCUGAGGGAGACCUGCUGGGCGUGCUGGUGGAGGGAGGCCGGAACAAGCCGGCAGCGGGAAGGAAGCAGGAUUGAGAAAAUGCUGUUUGUAUCACGCUUGUUCAACACACACACAAAUUGUUUUGAGGUGGAUUACUACACUCAAACAAGUGUGGGAAUUAAUCUCCACUUCCUAGUGAGCUCUUACAGAACAUUUAACCUAUUUGUGAGCCACAAAGCAACUUAAAGGAUUUCAGUGCUAACAUAUGGGGGAAAAAUAAACAUAUGAAGCCUAAAUUUGUAGUAUUUAAAUACCGGACCUUGAGAUUGAUGCUCACAUCAUAAAAUGCAUAA